AUAAGCCCUAAAAAAGUUGUAAUCUAAUUUUAGACGGAGAUAGUAGUUGUUUUCCUAUAAAAAGAGAAGGCAUGGAAUUACUUGGCACACAUAUUGCCACACAUAAUCAAUUAUCCUCCCAAUUAAAAGUCUCAAUAAUACAAAUCUCAUUCAAAACAUCAAAAUCAUGUCUUUGGGGUUCCUAAGGUUUAUGUUCUUGCUCAUCAUCCUCAUCCUAGGGACCGCUCCCAGGAAAUCUGAUGGACAAUACGACGACGGGGAGUGGUGUGUGGCGGACGAGCAGACGCCGGACGAGGAGCUGAGGGAAGCCAUGGAUUGGGCAUGCAGGAAUGGCGCAAACUGCAGAAUGAUUGAAGAGAAGCAGCCAUGCCAUGAGCCCAACACAAUGAGGAACCAUGCCUCUUAUGCUUUCAACAGCUACUUUCAGAAGAUGAAGAACUAUGGUGGAAACUGCUACUUCAAUGCUGCUGCUAUCGUCACUUCCCUUGAUCCUAGCUAUGGCUCAUGCAAAUUUGAAGUUGUUUAAUUUCAUGAUUCAACACAAGCGGUGAAGAUGUCACGCUGAUUCCUCAACAUUAUUUACGGAAUACUCUUCUUAACAACCUUUUCUAUUUUUACUUUUUAUGAAACAGUGACACUCUUUGACUAUAAAUUAAGUACAAUCUA